UCUAAGAAGUACUUGUAUCCAACAACGUAAGCUAAUACAUAUAUAGAAACAACUACCCUAAAUACAAACCCUUGAAAAAAAAAUAAAAAUAAAAUAAAAUCAUAUAUGGCUACCGGUGAGCCCGGAAGCUCCAUGCAUGGAGUCACCGGAAGGGAACAAUCGUACGCCUUCUCGGUCUCCCCCAACACAGUCCCAAUAGACACGACGGCCAAGUUUUCUUUGCCAGUCGAUACAGAGCACAAGGCCACUAAGCUUAAGAUAUUCUCCUUGGCAAAGCCUCACAUGACCACUUUUCACCUUAGUUGGAUAUCAUUUUGUGCGUGUUACAUAUCCACUUUCGCGGCUGCCCCCUUGGUUCCUAUCAUUAGGGACAACCUUGACCUUACUAAAAGGGAUAUUGGUAAUGCUUCGGUUGCAUCCGUCUCAGGAAGUGUGUUCUCUAGGCUAGUCAUGGGAACCGUGUGUGACCUUAUGGGACCAAGGUACGCUUGUGCCUUCCUAGUCAUGUUGACCGCCCCAACGGUCUUCUGCAUGUCGGUUAUAGACGAUGCAGCUGGAUACGUGGCGGUGAGGUUCAUGAUAGGUUUUUGUCUAGCCACUUUCGUGUCGUGCCAGUAUUGGAUGAGUACCAUGUUUAAUGGACGGAUCAUUGGGUUGGUUAAUGGAACGGCGGCAGGGUGGGGGAAUGUGGGAGGGGGUGCAACCCAACUUCUUAUGCCUUUGUUUUUCGAGAUCAUCCGGCGUACAGGAGCUACACCAUUUGUAGCAUGGAGGAUUGCUUUCUUUAUACCAGGAAUGUUACAUAUUAUUAUGGGUAUUUUGGUACUUACCCUUGGUCAAGACUUGCCUGAUGGUAAUCUUGGUGCUUUACAAAAGAAGGGUGAGGUUGCCAAAGAUAAAUUCUCUAAGGUACUUUGGUAUGCAAUCUCCAACUACCGUACAUGGGUCUUUGUGCUCCUCUAUGGCUACUCUUUGGGUGUGGAGUUGACCACAGAUAACGUCAUUGCAGAAUACUUUUUUGACAGAUUCAACCUCAAGUUGCACACAGCAGGAAUCAUCGCAGCCAGUUUUGGAAUGGCUAACUUAUUUUCCCGCCCCUUGGGAGGGCUAGCUUCCGACUACAGUGCACGUUACUUCGGUAUGAGAGGCCGACUUUGGACCCUUUGGACCUUCCAGACCUUGGGUGGUCUCUUCUGCGUGUGGCUAGGCUUAGCCACAACCCUACCCACUGCCAUCGUAGCACUAGUCCUUUUCUCACUAGGGGCUCAAGCCGCGUGUGGGGCUACCUAUGGGGUCGUCCCCUUCAUCUCUCGACGGUCCCUAGGGAUCAUCUCGGGGCUCACGGGUGCAGGAGGCAACAUUGGAUCCGGAUUGACACAAUUUAUUUUCUUCACUAUGGACAAUUUUAGCACACAUGAAGGUCUUAUGUACAUGGGAGUCAUGACAAUUGCGUGCACCUUGCCCGUGGCAUUGGUGCAUUUUCCGCAAUGGGGUAGUAUGUUCUUUCCGCCUUCUAAGAGUGCUAAUGAAGAGGCCUACUAUGUUUCCGAGUACGACGAAAAAGAGAAGAGUAAGGGAAUGCAUGAAGGGAGUGUCAAAUUUGCUGAAAGUUCCCGAUCUGAGCGUGGAAGGAAGUCUGCUACACCAAGUCCCAACCCUAACAAUAUUUAAUAAGUUACUUUCGUAUUUUAUUUGCUUUUGGCUUAAACAACAAUGAUAUGAGAUUAUGAUGAACUCCUAUAGUAAAUUAUUGGAAGUUCUUUGUUUCUUUUUUAUGUUUGGUUUCUUUUUUCAUAUAUAUAUCAUACUUCUGGAUUUUUGGCUCAAGAGUUAUGGAGAUAAUAACCUUGUAGCAAGUGAAUUUUGCUUGCAAUAACUUGUUAACUUACAUAUAUGUAUACUAUUACUUCGAUUUGUAUCUA